AUGAGAUCGAAACAUUAUCUGACAUUUGGAAUAUUGGCAGCUUUAACUGCUGGAGCAGCAAAUGCUAUACCUGUGGAAAUUCAAGGCAACACCCAGGACUUGAAGUGGAACGCAUUUCAGCUUUUACUACAAAUAGGUGGUAUAAUUGCAGCAUGUUUCCCUUUAUCAGGUCUAGCAGGCGUCGGAAUACCCAUGUGUGCACUAACAACUUUGGCUGCCUUUUCUACGAUGGUGGGUUUGAUCUUGAAAAUAUUCGACGGUUUGAUUGCCAAGGACGAUCAGUUGCUUCCCCAGGUAAUGAUGUUUCUACAAAACACUGGUCUACGCGUGGUAGGGCAAGAAAAUUUGGUCACAACUAUGGGAGCGGUCAGCACGCUGGAGUGGUCUAAUUGGGCCAAUUCCACCACAGCUGCUGAAUUUCGCGAUAUCGGUACCUCUAUUGAGUUCAGGCCGGAAAAUGUCACGAAUACUUUAGGAGAGCAACUUGUAAACUACUGUUUCUCCUUUAUGGUAGACGCGAGCGCUGCUCCAUCACAUCCUCUCGCACCAUACCGUUCAACCAUAUGUGCUUCUGAAGUGGCCAUAUCCAAGAUGCUUGAAACCAAAUAUGACAAGGCACCUUCAAAAGUAAUGAAUUUGGCAAUGCGUCCACUCAAAAAAUUUGGAAUAUUUGAAAGUUAUACUCAAGUUUACGAUCUGAUUCAGGGUCUCCAUUCUGUUUUCGGUUCCUGCACCGAAGAGUUUUUGACUAAAAGUUUGGCUCUUAUAGAGGAUUUGGAAGAUAAUUCUCCGGAUCACUCAGAAAAAUCUGGAUUCGAGAUCACUGAUCAGGUUGACGGGCAACAAGAACCCUUCUUUCGGAUCGAAAUCGCUAAAAGGAAUCUGUUAUGA